GGCUUCCAGACAAGAGGAGACUUUACUCACGGCCGAAUAUAAUCAACAAGUAAAGAUUUAUAACCCUUAGUUAGAAAGAAGAAGCAAACCGAUAAGGUAAGAAGAUCCAAUCAGAUCGCAGGUAUGAUUGCCAUCUGGACAAGGUUUUUAGAAGGCAUGAUUAGGAUGCAGAAAGAUGGAAACAAAAAAAUAAAACCGAACACUAGUCGGAGGUAAAACCAAACGAGUCGGACAUAUAAUCCAAUAAAACGAAAUCUACAAGAUCGGAUUAAAGACCAAAAAACAAAAGAAAGACUUGGGUGGCGACCGAUGGUUAAGAAAACCGGCGGUCACCAGAUCAGAAAUUUCUGUAGAGUUGAAACUCGAGAGAAGUUAGAGCUUACACUUUGUUUUUAUUUUAUUUUCGGAUUUAAAUUAAUAAAAAUUUACAAUAGAAUCAAAGAAAGAAAGAAGGCAAAAGUGAUAUUGUUUUGCCCGGUAUGUCAGCCUUUUGAUUCGAAACAUUAUCAUCGACACAUGUAGUAGACCUCACGGACGCUCUCCUCCAACCACUCAAUACACACUUUUUUCCUUGCUUCCUCACCAAACUUCCCCGAGUAAAAGUCUCAAAUAUCCAGCUGCGCAAACCCUAGCUUCCAAUCCAAAUCAUCAGACAUGACGACGGUUCCAAUGGAUAUCGUCAACGACCUCUUCCUCCGUCUCCCAGCGAAGAGCUUGGUCCGCUUCCGAGCUCUCUCCAAGCCCUGUUACCACCUAAUCAACAGCCCCGACUUCAUCUCAUCCCAUCUCAGCCGCGUCCUCCAAACCAACGACCACCUCAUGAUCCUCCUCCGAGGCGCUCUCCAUCUCUACACGGUGGAUCUCGAUUCGCUAGACACCGUCUCCGACGUCGAGCACCCGAUGAAACGCGGCGGUCCGACCGAAGUCUUCGGUUCUUGCAACGGUUUAAUCGGGUUAUCGAAUUCCCCAACCGAUUUAGCCAUCUUUAACCCGUCUACUCGUCAGAUCCACCGGCUACCUCCUUCUCCUGUAGAUCUCCCCGAGGGUUCGAGCACCCGCGGCUACGUGUUUUACGGGUUAGGGUACGAUUCUGUGAACGAUGAUUAUAAAGUUGUGAGGAUGGUUCAGUUUAAGCGUGACCCAGAUGACGAACUUGGUUGUAGUUUCCCUUACGAGGUUAAAGUUUUCAGCUUUAAGAUGAAUUCGUGGAAGAGGAUCGAAUCGGUUUUGCCUCCGAUUCAGCUCUUGUUUUACUUCUAUUACCAUUUGCUGUAUCGUCGUGGCUAUGGUGUUCUUGCUGGUAAUAGUCUUCACUGGGUGUUACCUCGAAGGCCUGGUUUGAUUGCGUUUAACAUCAUUGUGAGGUUUGAUCUCGCCUUGGAGGUUUUCGACAUUGUGAGGUUUCCGGAACCUAUUGCUAACGGUGAUGUUGAUAUUCAGAUGGAUAUAGGUGUGUUAGAUGGGUGUCUUUGUCUCAUGUGUAACUAUGAUCAAAGGUAUGUUGAUGUUUGGAUGAUGAAAGAGUAUAAUGUGAGAGGUUCUUGGUGCAAGGUUUUCACGGUUCAGAAACCUAAAAGUGUGAAAAUGUUUGCGUUUAUGAGACCUUUGGUUUAUUCCAAGGAUAGGGAUAAGGUUCUUUUGGAGAUAAAUAAUACGAAGCUGGUGUGGUUUGAUCUUGAGACUAGGAAGCUUAGUACUCUUAAGAUUAAGGAUUGUCCUAGCUCGUAUAGUGCGGAACUUGUUGUGAGUAGCCUUGUUUUGGGAUGUAAAGGAGAUCUUGAUAACAUUAAGCACAGGAAAGAACAACGAGAUAAAGAAGCUAGAGAAUCUAAAAUGUUGCAGAACAGUAAAAAGAGGGAUGAUUUCCUGUCAAAGGGAUUCAAACUGGUCUUAUAAGCAAAAGCAAGAGAACAGCCAGAGAAGGGCUGGGAGAAACCGGAAGGAAGAAUAGCUAUGUAUUGGAAGUGUACUAGGUUCUAAGAUAUGUAACUUAAUAUGUUGUUGCUUUCUGUAAAUAGAGUGAAAUCAUAAAAUCAUAGUAUGUAACCCUUUUAAAGCUUGUUACGACUUAUGGACGAUGCAUAAAUUACGAUGUGAAGAAGAUUUUAUAAACCUGUCA